AUGGACAGCAGCGCCAACUACGGCAUGGAUCGCGGGGAUGGCCGCGGCGGGGGCACGGAGGACUCCAUGCUAGGCGAUCCCGAUUCACCGGAUGACCUCGGCUCGCUGGACGACGACGAUGAGGACGAGAUGGGGCGGGACAAGAAUGGACAGCCCAAAUCAAAGAAAAGGCGGAAGUACAUCAACAAGGCCUGCGACAACUGCCGAACGCGGCACAGCCGAUGCGACGGCAAGGAGCCCUGCGCCCCCUGCUCGAAGAAGGGCUUCCAGUGCGGCUACUCGGCGCCACCCAGCCGACGCGGACCCGUGUCCGAGCGGCAGCUGCAGGAGCUCAUCACCUCCCUCACCAAGCAAAUCGAAUCAGAAAAGAAAAUGAAGAAGGACUGGAAGGACAAAUUCUAUCAUAAGGCCGGCGGUCCAUCUUCGCCUCCGUCCUCGACCAGCGGCGGUGGCGGCGCGCCCUUCUCCCCGUCGAGCGAUGGAAGCGGAGGAGCUGGCGGAGGCGGCGGCGGCACGAUGCCUUCGGACUCGUUCAACUCGCCCACGUCGUCGGCAGCGGCGGCCUACAGUGGAGGCCUCAUGGCGGCCGGCGGCAGAGAAGGCGGUGAUAUGGCGGGCGGCUACGGCGGCAGCACGGGCGCCGGCUGGGGCGGCGCGGACCAGGCCUCGAAUCUGGCCAUGUACGUUGACGCCUACCAGCGCUACAUCUCGCGGCACAUCUCUGCCCACCCGUCGGUAUUCGAGCCGGGCGCCGCGCUCAAGGUCAUCAGCUCCAACCAGCGCACGCCACUCGCCUUCCAGAUGUAUGCCGUGCUGGCCAACGGUGCGCGGGUGACGGGCAACCAGCCGGCGUCUCUGGAGUUUGCGCUGAAGGCGCGGCGCACGCUGGGCGCGGUGUUCGACCAAACGGACGGGCUGGUGGCGCAGGGCCUGAUGAUCCUGGCCUACUACAUGUCGGGCCAGGCCGAGGCCGACAAGACCAUGUACUACCUCCAGCUGGCCCGCAAGAUGUGCCAGCACCUCGACACCCGAUCGAGCGACUACUACAUGCUCAUCCUCAUGACGAUCGGCCUCGCCUCGCCGCACCACGAGGAGAAGCUCGAGGUCUUCACCGAGCUCAAGAUGCGGCUCGAGCCCCUGCUGUCGAACACCAUCACGCCGGCCACCAACCCGGCCACGUCGAACCUCAACCGCAACUUCACCCUCACGCUGGCCAUCAUCUCCGUGCAGGUCGAGCUCGAGAUGGCCAAGCUGCGCAUGGACUACAACGCCGACUACGCCGUCAUGCUCCAGGUGCUCGAGAAGCUCGAGAAGAUGCUCGCCGCCGACAAGUCGUCCAACUACUCCAAGGUCGGCUUCCGCAUCUUCCUCGAGGUCAUCCGCGCCCAGUGCUACUGCUCGCUCGGCCUGCGGGAGAUGGCCGUCGAGUGCACCAGUGAGGUCAGCGAGCUGGCCAAGCACCCCGAGUUCCCCUACGUGCCCGUCAUGGUGCUUAGCGGCGUCGAGAUGAUGGCCAUGAUUCAGCUCGAGGAGGGCCGGUUCGACCAGGUCCACGAGCACAUCCACCGGCUCUCCAAGAUGUCGGCCAUCUACCCGUCGGUCCGCCUCAUCGCCCAGAAGCUCAACGACGCCCUCCAGGAGAAGACCGCCAAGUCCUACGACGGCCGCCCCGGCGGGCCCCUCGAUCUCGGUCGUCCCACUGAUCACGGGCCGGUGCCGGGCAUGGGAAUGUCGCAUCUGGGCGGCGGCGUUCCGUCGUUUGGCCAAUCGGGUGGUCCGGCAGGAGCCAGUUCGACGUCGCCGCACUUCCCUGGCCAGGACCGAACUGGACACGGCGGUGGCGGCGGCCUCCCUUCGUUCAUGCAGGGCGACAUGCAGCGACGUCAGAUGCCGCCGGACCUGCCAGGCAGCAACGGCGGUGGCGGUGGCAUGGGCAUGCACGAGCGCGGGCUGCCAUUCCCGGGCAGCGGAGGCGGAGGCGACCCGCUAGGGCUUGGUCUCGGCGGAGUCGGCGGCGGCGGAAUGGGAUCGCGUGCGGGGAGCGGGCUCGAGGGGCUGGGCGGGAUGGACAGUCGGAUGAUGCAGGAACGAGGAUAUCCUCCCAAGCCCGACCACCUCACCCAGGGCGGCUACGAGGGCAUGGGCGGACGACUCGGCGGGUUGCCACCGCACCUCACGUCGCAGGGCGAACGCGGCCUAUCGAUGGAGGACCUCAUCAAUCGGGAGCGAGCCAUGGGCAUGGGUCCCGGCGGUCCGCUCUCGCACCACCUCGGCCCCAGCGGCGGCGGCGGCGGCUACGGACAAUCGCAAAUGGAACAGCAGCACCACCAGCAACAGCAGCAGCAACAGCAGGAGCUCGACUAUCGAAUGCAGCAGGAGCGGGCCAGCAUGCUCGAGCGUCGAGCACUGCAGCACCCGCAGGGCGGCGUCGGCAUGCCGCUGGGCCAACAGCAGCAGGGUCAGGGCGGGCAGUCGUCGGGCGGGCUCCCGCCGCACCUCAACCCCUACGCCUCGCACGGCAUGCAUCGCAGCGGCAUGCCGGGCGGUCCCUCGUCACUCUACGGCGGCGGCGGCAUGCCAGAUAUGCGUGGAAUGCCCCACCCGUCACAGAUGGGCGGCAGUCCGUCCAUGGGCGGGCGCGGCCUUCCGGGGAUGCCCUCCUUCGGCGGUGGCGGCGGGCCUUCGAUGGGCGGCGGCUCUCCGUUCGGCGGCGGCGGGCCGAUGGGCCAGCAGAUGCGGGGUUGGCCUGGCAUGCCAGGAAUGCCGCCCUAUCCCGGACCUCUGCACAACGGCGGCGACUCAGAAUCGGGCGGACCGCCGCGGCAUCACCUCCCACCGCCUCUCCAUCACCAGCAACAACAGUACAUGAUGUACGGCUCCGCCGAACAGCAGCAGCAGCAGCAGCAGCAACAGGACGACUGA